GUCACUUAUCUCAGAGAGCGCAAGGGGGCUGGGACAUGUCAAGCAAAGGCUAUUGGUGAGGGAGUUUCUGUGUGAGCUUUCUUAAAGAAGCACUUCCUUUUUACUCGUAAUUCUGCGUGGGAAUGUAUACCAAGCAGUUUCCUCUAAGAGACCAGAAGGUUUACAUAGUUCUUCUGCUUCUAUGAGAAGAGAAGAAAUGCUGCUACAACCUUUUCUUAUGGCUGUAAUUUUUUCAUUUACCUGUAUUGUGGAAAGUUAGUUUUCUGUUUUCUGAGAUGCAUAACUCAGAAAAGGAUGUUCUUGAAGAUGACUCAAAUAGAAGUGAUGUUGCUGCCCAUGAAAAGGUUCCUUCUGGAAUCUUGUCUCAGACUAUGAACUACGUGGGGCAACUUGCAGGACAAGUCCUGGUUACUGUGAAGGAGCUGUACAAAGGCAUUAAUCAGGCAACCCUUUCGGGAUGCAUUGAUGUCAUUGUGGUGCGGCAGCAGGAUGGGACAUACCAGUGUUCUCCUUUCCAUGUCCGCUUUGGGAAGCUUGGUGUACUGCGCUCUAAAGAAAAAGUGAUUGAUAUAGAAAUUAAUGGUGAUGCUGUUGAUCUGCAUAUGAAAUUGGGUGACAAUGGAGAAGCUUUCUUUGUGCAAGAAACCGAGGAGGAAAAUGAAAAAGUUCCUGCUUAUUUGGCAACAUCUCCAAUACCCACUGAAGAUCAGUUUUUUAAAGACACUGACAAUCAUUUGAAAUCAGGAGAAAAUGAGAGGACAUGUGCAAACUCAGAAAUUCCACUUUCUGGAGAAACAGAGAUUGUAUUCACCCCAGGUUCUGUGAAAAAGAAAAAAAGAAGAAGAAAGAAAUACAAACAAGAUAGCAGGAAAGAAGAUCAGAUCUCUUCUGCUGGGACUGAAGAUAUUUUUGAAAUGGAAAUAAGCUCAGAUGAUGAGAAAACGGUACAGCCCCUAAGAGGAUCCUCAAAUUCAUCACCAAAGGGUGAAGAACAAAAAGAAUCUUUGAUUUAUCAUUCGAAAGACCAUUACCCCUUAUCUGAUGGAGACUGGUCCCCUCUGGAAAACCCUUUCUCAGAGCAGGUCUGCCCUAAAAGUGAUUCAGAACUAGAAGUUAAGCCUGCUGAGAGCUUGCUCAGAUCUGAAUCUCACAUGGAAUGGACAUGGGGAGGAUUUCCAGAGUCAACCAAGAUAAGUAAGAAAGAAAAACUGGAACACUGCAGAACAGCUACCAUUACUCCAUCAGAGAAGACUCAUUUUAGGGUUAUCCUCAGCUCUGAUGAAGUUGAAGACGAUGAUGAUGUGAAAGAUUCUGUCUGUACAGUACUGAAACCUGAGCCAAGAACUCAUCCUCUCCUUAAGCAAAUGGAUGUUAAAGACUCUCUUGCUUCUGCAAUCGUAGAACCGCAAGUUCCAUUGCCAUUGGAUGGUGAUCAUCAGUCCAGAAUAUUGAUGGAUCCUUUACCAGAAACAAAACCAACAGCAAAAACUGACUCUCCUUCAAAAAAGAGAGGGGUGCACAAGCGAAGUCAUCAUCAAGGCCCUGAUGAUAUUUACUUGGAUGACCUAAAGGCAUUGGAACCUGAAGUUGCAGCACUCUACUUUCCCAAAAGUGAUUCUGAUCCUGGCUUCAGGCAGUGGACAGAGUCAGAUACCCUUUCUGGUUCCCAGUCACCCCAGUCAGUGGGAAGUGCUGCUGCUGAUAGUGGUACGGAGUGCAUGUCUGAUUCUGCUAUGGACUUGCCUGAUGUUACACUUUCACUUUGUGGAGGUCUCAAUGAAAAUGGAGAGAUUUCUAAAGAAAAAUUCAUGGAACAUAUUAUUACUUAUCAUGAAUUUGCUGAAAACCCUGGACUCAUAGACAAUCCUAAUUUGGUAAUACGGAUUUAUAACAGGUAUUAUAACUGGGCGUUGGCUGCUCCGAUGAUUCUGAGUUUGCAGGUGUUUCAGAAGAGUUUGCCUAAGGCUACUGUUGAGUCUUGGGUCAAAGAAAAGAUGCCAAAGAAGUCUGGAAGGUGGUGGUUCUGGCGCAAGAAAGAAGGCAUGACUAAGCAGAUACCAGAGGCAAAAGAGGGGAAAACUGAGACGCAAAGAGCAAAUGAACUGCCAGCAACUAUAAAAGAGCAAGUUAAUAGUAGGCCUCCAGAGGAUGAUUCUUCUAGUGAUGAAGCAUCCCAGGAGUUGAAGGAAUCCCUGAAAAUGGAUUCUGCCCCAGCAGAGCAUCCACCCCAUGGGAACGUUACAUCUUAUAAGAAGUCACUUAGACUGUCUUCAGACCAGAUAGCAAAGUUGAAGCUCAGAGAUGGCCCUAACGAUGUUGUAUUUAGCAUUACAACACAGUAUCAAGGGACUUGCCGUUGUGCAGGAACAAUAUACCUCUGGAACUGGAAUGAUAAAAUCAUAAUAUCAGACAUUGAUGGAACAAUAACCAAGUCUGAUGCUUUGGGACAUAUCCUCCCUCAGUUUGGCAAGGACUGGACUCAUCAGGGCAUUGCAAAACUCUAUCAUUCCAUAAAUGAAAAUGGCUACAAGUUCCUGUACUGUUCUGCCCGUGCCAUUGGGAUGGCAGAUAUCACCAGAGGAUACCUGCAUUGGGUGAAUGACAAAGGAACAAUUCUCCCCAGGGGCCCUCUCAUGUUGUCCCCCAGCAGUUUGUUUUCUGCCUUUCAUAGGGAAGUCAUAGAAAAGAAGCCUGAAAAGUUCAAAAUCGAGUGUUUGAAUGAUAUCAAGAAUUUAUUUGCUCCCAGUAAACAGCCUUUCUAUGCUGCUUUUGGAAACAGGCCAAAUGAUGUAUAUGCCUACAUGCAAGUGGGAGUUCCAGACUGCAGAAUAUUUACUGUGAAUCCAAAGGGUGAACUGAUCCAAGAACAGACUAAGGGAAACAAAUCUUCGUAUUACAGACUAAGUGAGCUUGUGGAAUACGUGUUCCCAUUGAUUAAUAAAGAACAGAGUUCUGCAUUUCCGUGCCCAGAAUUCAGCUCUUUUUGCUACUGGAGAGAGCCUCUCCCUGACCUUAAUAUGGAUGACCUGGCCUGAAGAGUACUUCUCACCAGAGGUGGAGUUUCAUAUUGAGCUACUCAACUUCAGUUUAAAUGUGAAAGACUUUCUUAAUGAGGAUGCUAAUUUAUAUAUUGGUACCGUAAGUCUUACUAAAGAAAUCACUUUAAUUUCAUUGGUUUAAAACAAAGAAAAUGCAAAGCUACUGUCUAUUUUUUGUGGGAGGGUGUGUAGAUUUUUGUGUUUGUUUGUUUAUUGCUUGUUAUUAUAUACCUGUUCUAAGGCACUUGAGAUUGGCCUGUCAUUGAUGGUCAUGGUACCCAAGUGCUUCAGGGCAGCCAAAUGCUGAGGUAAAAUACAACUUGGCAUUUUCAUUAAUACAGACCUUAUUGUAAACAUAGAUUAUCCUUUUAAAGUUGUCUUAAGUAUAUUUUCUAAAAUGAAGCCAAAAAGCAUAUGGAAACUGCCAAAUGGAAUGUCAGACCUAUUAAUGAAAAAUGUGGUUUAAUGUUCAGAUGGGCAUUUAGGCCAUUUUUGAAAGGAGACAGAGCCUAAGACCACUGUGUUCUUCCUCAGCUAGAAUACAGAAAAUGUACAGACCUUACUAGCCUGGCAGAUUCUGAAGACAUAAAAUUCCUCUUUAAAUGUAAAUAUGCCUUUUGUUACAUGUACAAGACUGGGCUUGUACAAAUCACGCUCAAGCUAACUCUGCUUAAUACUUUUUUUUUUACACACAAUGUUUAAACUAUAUCGUGAGCUUGUUAAAAUGAAAGUUGUCUUCAGACACUUGUAUGGCUUUUGUUGUUUUCAGGCUAUGCUGUGUCAUGUUAAAUUUUCAUCAAGAAAAAUCUUGGAACAUUUCUGUAAGAGUUGGGGAACUGGCAUUUUUAUUUCCUUUUUCAGCAAAGAGAUAAUGCAUAUGUGUGUGUAUGCUGUGUAGGCCAGUAAAAUGUAUGUAUAGAUUAUAUUCAGGGAAUUGCAAUACUAAAAAAAAAUUAUGUAUUUAAUUUUUUAAUUGUCUACUGCAGGUCUUUUUCCAGAGUUCUGUAUUGCAGGUUUUCAGUAGCUGGAAGAAAAUGCAACUCAGUAGUGAGGUUCCAGCUGUGAGAAUGGUUAAAUGCUGCAGCGUAGAAACAUCAUGCUGGUCAUUCCUCAGGUUCCAGUCAGAGCCUAUGAACAAAUUACAUUCCACUUCUGGUGUUUAUCAGCUAUAAAAGCAGCUAAUUGUUCUUUCUCCAAAAGUACUUGAAGGCAAAAGUGGCUGCUUUUUAAGUUGAAUUAGUGCAUUUCUUUUGGACAAAACUAUGGUGAGAAUAUAUCAUUCCACCAGCCCAAAGGGCUUAAGGACUACAGUAAUUUAAACAUCAUUUAAACACCAGAUCACUCGGUUUUACUACCUGCAAAAGCAUACAUUUAGAGAAUUUUACACCCCUCCAGGAGUAUUUUUUCUCCAUUGUCAGGCUGUCUUAACCCUCAGUUCUGAUGUAACAUCAGCUAACUCUGGACAAUUGGUGAGCUGCUUGGGGGGAAGCAUUUUUAAAUCACUGUAUAUUUCCCCCCCAUUAUAAAAUUCUAGUGUAUUCCUAUAUUUAUAAAACACUGGAUAAAGAGUGGAGGCAAGCAAAAUCAACCUGGAAUCUCUUUCAGAGCAGGAGAAAGAGAGUGGGAUAAAAAAAACUUACCUGUCACGAUGUGUCGUGCAUGUCAGUAAAUUGAAAGCCAUCCUCAUUUUUGUACUGUGAGCACAAUAACUUCUGUGGUUCUUGGUCACCAAUCUACUCAGUCUUUAAGUAAAGAGUUGAAUUCUUUCACAGGGUUCAACUCAAAGGAUAUUUUACUGGUUUUUUUCUUGUAUUUUUUUCAAUGUCAGAAGCUUGCAAACAUCAUUCCAUGUAUGUUUUCCCCUUUUUUUUACCUUUUAUCGCAUAGAUCUCAUUAGAAACUAAAAUUUUCAUGAUCACCAAGUGCUUUGAAUAUCAAUGUGAUUUGAGCUUUUAAGUCACUUAAAUACUUUAAAAUGAAUAAGUAAGAAUCCAACAUAAUAAAAUAUUUUAAUUACAAGAUUAAAUAUUCUAUCUAAAGAUUCUAUUUUGCAUAAGGGGAGUGAAGCAGCCUUUCCUAAAACAGUCUUUUUGUGGAUGUCAGAAUUUCCUUUGCCAUGCUUAAGGUUACUCUUGGUAGCCCUGGUAUUACACAGCUUUUCUAAAAAUAAAAGCACUUCAUGAAACCAUGAUGAGUUCCCAAAUGGGACACAUUGUUACCAUGGUUUGGCUGUGUCUUUUUUGGUUAAUAUUAUUUUUUCACUUUUUUUUUUUUCUUCAAUUCCCUUCAACUUUUCAGACUGUCAUAAAUAUAAGCUGUGGAUUUCAAGGGGGGGGGGGACUUGAGUAAAUGAGAAGUGUGGAAAAAUAGUAUCAGGUGUAUCUCCAAAUACAUAUACUUUCAGCUGGUAUGAAAAUGGGGGUUGUGUGAGUUUUGUUGAGAGCUUCUCAUUCUGCUAGCUUGUCACUUUGCAUUGUAGGAGUGUCCAAAAGGUUGCUUAAUUAAAAAAACAGAUUUGUUUUUCUCUGUAACAGCUACAGUUUGAUAUUUGUUUUUUGAUAAAAUGUAAAUGUUGUUGAGUCUUUCUGAUACGAGUAGGGCAGGGGGUUUGGUUUUUCUAACUCCGGCUUGUGUUUGAAGCUUUUCAGAUUGUUUGUUAACCCCAUUUAGGGACAGAAUAUGGGGCCUGUCGUUGUGUACCUGUGUUCUUGGGGCUGCUGGGCACUUUACUGCCUCUAGAGCAGACAUCUCGUUGCUAUCAAGCUGUGGGCUUGUGCCGCAAUAUUAAUGUGGAGGGGGGUAAAUAAGAAUUAUGCAUUAGCCUGUCCUUAGUGGAGAGAAGUGGCCUGGAACUAAUGUUUGAGAACAAGUUGUGCUAUGCUGAUGUAAAAUUAGCGCAAGCUACAUCAUUCUUUCUGUGAAAGAGGAACUUCUAAGUGUGCCUGGCUGUGGGCACACGCACACCCCUGUUAAGACUGUGUUGUUGAAGAUGCAGAUCCUCUUAGCGUUGGAACCCCUCAAAGGCUGAGUCAAUGACACCUGUCUGGGAGUAAAUAAGGAACAUUGCAAUUCAAAACUUGUUAGUGACUUGGACAUUACCUGUUUCUAUAAUGAUUUAAAGAUCAGCAGUUUAAAGGGUAUGUGUUUCUGGAUUUAAUUGGUUUUUAUUUAUUUACUGUACCGAGCAUGUUUGUACAAAAGAUUGGGCUUUCAUUCCCAACAGUAUACAAGUGCAUGUGCAAUCCUGGCUCAUGUCUUCUUAACUUUCUGUCAUCAGUAUAUGCCUUCCAAAAUCCUUUCUUUUCUUUUCAACUGGAAAAGUUUUAACACUUUUGUCAACUCCAUUAUGGGACUUCUGAAGCAAAUUCUGAAUCCGUUUAUGGUAAACGCGAAAGAGAUGAGAUUUCUUGUUAAUAUUUCAUGCAAGUCUUUUAGGAAAAGCUGUCAUAUGAAUGAGUUGUUUAAAUGACUGUAAUGCAAAUUCCUUGUGAAACAUCACAGAUAAGAUGGAGAAUUUGAGAUGCCUUUAAAGUGUCACUUUUGCCUGAAGAAAUUUUAAUUUCCAGAGUUAAAAUCUGCUAAAUAGAAAGGAAUUGUUUGGGACUUUUUUACGGUGUUAAUUACUUCCAGAUGAAAGUUAAAAUGUUGGUUUAUUUUGAGGGUGGGAAAACUCUCUUCAGUCAUUUGUUUCAUUUUUAUCUUGAAGAUGUGGAAUACUUGAUUGUUAAGCAACCCAAUCACUAAUAAGAUAGUGUGUUUAAAAUGUCAAAUCUGUGAUCAUACCAAUACAGUGGUUUUUGUUAAGACUGGACUGUCUUGGGUACAACAACCCACACUUCAGUGCAAUGUUUAUUGGUGUUUGGAACAAUGUUAUCACAAUAAAAACAGACUUAAAAUGAAA